AUGUCCCCAGACUUCCUGGCUCCGGGUAACCUCAGGGUAGCAGUGUUGGGGUCCAUUUUGAGGUGUUUGUGUGUCCCGCCGGGAGCAGCUGUGUGGGGUGGAGCUGAAGGUGUGGAAGACACUGUCACUUAUACCCCACUUACCCUUCCCAUUUCGGCACAGAUGAUGGAAAAUCCCAGGAAGAGGAAGCACAGUCCCGAGGACUGCAGCCAGGUCAGGACAGGAAAUGAGGCCAUCUCCCAGCAGAGAAAGAGACCAAAGACCUCAGUAAAGAAGACUGAGCCCGACAGCAAUGGCCUCCAAGGUGGCUCAGCCUGCCGCCCGGAACCUCAGCACAGCUCCCCUCCACCACUCCGCAAGAACCUGGUGACCUUUCUGAGGGCGAAGGCCGAGGAGACUUAUGGAGCUGUCGUUCAGCUGCAGGCCCAGCAGCAUGGCCGCCCGUUCACCCAGGAGCAGCUCUCUCGGCUCACACAACUCUCAGCGUCUCUGAGAGCCAUGGUGCAUACCUUCUACAGCAUGGCCACCCAGGCAGGCUUUGUCUUCCCUGCUCAGGCCUGGCUCGUUCCAGCAUCGGUGCCUGUCCCCCGGGAGCUGUCUGAGGAUGAAUCUCAGAGUCCUUGCGUGGAGGGAGGAGACAAGAUCGCAGAUCCUCCAGCCCAGCAGACAAGUCCUGAGCCCGGACCGUGA